AUGGAACCAGGAAAUAAUACAAGGGUCUCAGAAUUCCUUCUGCUGGGAUUUUCAGAGGAACCAGAACUGCAGCCCCUCAUCUUUGGGCUGUUUCUCUCCAUGUACCUGGUCACUGUGCUGGGGAACCUGCUCAUCAUCCUGGCCAUCAUCUCAGACUCCCACCUGCACACGCCCAUGUACUUCUUCCUGUCCAACCUGUCCUUUGUGGACAUCUGCUUCACCUCCACCACCAUCCCCAAGAUGCUGGUGAACAUCCAGACCCAGAGCAAGGCCAAUACCUAUGCAGGCUGCAUCACGCAGAUGUACUUUUUUUUGGUUUUUGUAGAGUUGGAUAACUUCCUCCUGGGUGUGAUGGCCUAUGACAGGUUUGUGGCCAUAUGUCACCCACUGCACUACACUGCCAUCAUGAAUCCCAGGCUCUGUGGUUUGCUAGUUCUGGUGUGCUGGAUCCUGAGUGUCCUGCAUGCCUUGUUGCAAAGCUUAAUGGUGUUGCGACUGUCCUUCUGCAGAGACAUAGAAAUCCCCCACUUUUUCUGUGAACUCAACCAGGUGGUCCAACUUGCCUGUUUUGACAACCUUCUUAAUGACAUAGUGAUGAAUUUUGCACUUGUGCUCUUGGCUACUUGUCCCCUCGCUGGCAUUCUUUACUCCUACUCCAAGAUAGUCUUCUCCAUCCGUGCAAUCUCUUCAGCUCAGGGCAAGUACAAAGCCUUCUCCACCUGUGCCUCCCACCUCUCUGUGGUCUCCUUAUUUUACUGCACAGGCCUGGGUGUGUACCUCAGUUCUGCCGUAUCCCACAGCUCACGCUCCAGUGCAACAGCCUCAGUGAUGUACACGGUGGUCACCCCCAUGCUGAACCCCUUCAUCUACAGUCUGAGGAAUAAAGAUGUAAAGAGGGCCCUGCUAAGGCUCUUUGGAGGGAAAGUGUAA